UCUGUUAUCUAUACCGUUUGGAAGAACACGUUUAGCUCAAGAAUGCUGCUGAAAGGCUUGCUCCUAGUUCUGUCAUCUUUGCAAAUACAUUCGGAACCCAUAUUGAAUGAUCUACCCAUAAGCAUAGGAAAAGUUCCCUGGCAGGCCUCGGUUCAAGUAAAUGGCAUCCAUCGCUGCGGUGGAGUUGUUUACAGUGAGGACAUAAUCCUGACCAUAGCUCAGUGUGUGAGAAAAGUCGGGGUGAAGAUGAUAUCAGUGCGAGCUGGCUCUGCCCUAAGAAUCCUUGGUGGUCAAAUCAGAAAGGUUAAGAAAGUCAGGAUGCAACUAUUGGGCUUGCGACCUAGUGAUGUGGCCAUUCUGCAGCUGAGCUCACCUUUGGACUUAGGUGCCAACGUUAAAGCCAUUGAAUUAUCCAACGAACUGCCAUCGCCUGGCACUAAAGCCACGGUUUCCGGUUGGGGACAACUCAAUGUCUUAAUUCCCAUGGAAUCGGAAAUACUAUUGAGGGUCAACCUCAUAGUCCAGGAACCAAUGAAGUGCGCGGCCAUCAGCACUUUGACCGGGAGACUUAUUAAUAUAGACGAGUUUUGUGCUGCUCCCUGGGGAGUUAUACCACUCGCCUGUCAAGGAUUCGUCGGUGGUCCUUUGGUUUCCGACCAAAAACUAAUUGGCAUUGUGUCCUGGAGAAACACCUGUGGCUACCUUAAUAAACCUAGUGUAUUUGCUAAUAUUCCAGUACUUAAAUUAUGGAUCCAAACCACUGUUCAGCUUAUGAAGGGUUUUCAAAUAGGAUAACAAUGUAUACUAUUUUUUUGAGCAGAUUAUUUUAAGACCUCUUCUUCUCCUAAAAUAUAAUAAUAUCCAAGCGCAAAAUAAAUCCCCAAUACAAUUGGCCCUCAUCCAAAAAAAACUAGACAAAUAUUUAUAUUUGCAAAUUGUUUUCGUUUACCCAUAAAAUUUGUGCACGUGCGCACACAUAUUUUUUGUGCCUGCUUGUAUUGCGAAAUUGAAAUUUAAUUCAUUUGCAAUUUAUUCUAUGGUCUGGGGAGUGCGGCACGGAUGAAUAUUAUUAAUACGACCCAUAAGCCCAAUAAAUGCCCAUGAUUCCUCGCGUUGUA